UUGAUCUGCAUAAUCCAAGUCAUUACACAGUGAGCGCCAAUAGAUCCAUAAUUAUAGCCCAAAGCCCCCCGAGUGGAAAAACUUGUGCUUUGUGCAUUUCUCUCUAGCAGAACUAAAAGAGAAGUCACACCUAACAGAAAGAUCGUACAAAGAUUUGGCAUGAAUCUCGAGUUUUUUUCCCGAAGACUUCGUGACAUACAUAAUUAAUUGUUCUUAGAGCUAAGGAAGAACUCUCACGGGAUCUUUUCGCAAUUUCUGGUGGGGUUUUACCUUUAUCAGCACGGCAACUGCUUUAAAAGUUUCAUCGAAUUGAGCACACGCAGGAGCUGCAAUUAUUUUACUGUAUUCUCUCCGAAAAGCUGUGGAAAUCCUACGAGAAUGAAUGUUUUGAAAGGAUCAGCAGUUACCUGCUUUCUGGCUCUGCUGUUUGCAUUGACAUUUGUUGUCAUCUUCAAGCGUUGGUCAGAGGAGCUAUGGAAGGAGAAUUCAAUUGCGGCAAGCAAUCUGUACCGACCAGAAUUCAACCCGAACAACAACAAAGAAUCCGCCACAGUCUGGCAACAGAUAACCAAAGCCAAACAAAGCAUUGACUGCUCCUGCAAAGCCGCCCAAAUAUCCUCCCUUUUACCUAAAUUCACAUUCCCAAACAAUAAAAUUCAAUCCCCUGGUAAUAACUCAGAAAGCUGUCCCUUUUAUUUUAAGUUCAUUCGGCAAGAUCUGAAGCCGUGGGAAAAGGGAGGAAUAACGUUGGAAGCUGUUGAGAAGGCUAAAAGCAAGGCAUCCUUCAGAGUUAUUGUUAUUAAUGGAAGAUUGUUUGUGGAGAGUUAUCAUCACUGUUUUCAGACGAGGGAUUUGUUUACUAUCUGGGGAUUUGCUCAAAUGUUGAAGAAGUAUCCAGGAAUGGUACCUGAUUUUGAUCUCAUGUUUAAUUGCAACGAUAAGCCUGUUAUUCGUAAGGAUGACUACAAAAACGCUCAGCCUCCGCCAUUGUUUCAUUACUGCGGGAGCAGUUAUACAUAUGAUAUUGCUUUUCCCGAUUGGUCCUUCUGGGGGUGGGUAGAAUUACAAAUACCGCCAUGGGAUAGAUUGGUGCAAGAGAUUCGAAAUGGAAGCCAACGUAUCAAGUGGGAAAAUAGAGAUCCAACAGCCUAUUGGAAAGGCAAUCCUUGGGUUUCUCCCAAGAGAGUGGACCUGAUGAAGUGCAAGAAGUCACCCAAUUGGAAUGGAAAACUAUAUACACAGGAUUGGGUCAAAGAGUCCAAAGAAGGAUUUAGAAACUCCAAACUUUCCACCCAAUGUGUUCACAGAUACAAGAUAUACGUAGAAGGGAAUGCUUGGUCAGUGAGCCUCAAAUAUAUUUUGGCUUGUAACUCUCCAACACUCCUUAUAACACCAGAAUUUCAUGAUUUCUUCAAUCGUGGCCUUAUUCCACAACAUCACUAUUGGCCAAUAAAACCAAAUAAGAAGUGUGAAUCCAUCAAAUUUAUCGUCAAUUGGGGAAACAACAACACAAAAGUGGUAAAGGAAAUUGGUAAGGCAGGGAGUGAUUUCAUGUUGAAUGAGUUGAAAAUGAAGUAUGUUUAUGACUACAUGUUCCAUUCUUUAAAGGAGUAUGCCAAGUUAUUAAAAUAUAAGCCUACUAUCCCUAAAAAUGCAGUAGAGUAUUGCUCAGAGAGUAUUUUGUGCUUUGUAAAUAAUGUAGAGAAAUCAUAUAUGCAAGAGUCACUGGGUAAAAGUUCUAUGUAUUCUUCCCCAUGUAUAAUGGGGGAAGCUGAAUCAGAUUCAAAAGAUAUUUCAGAAUUUUUAGAGAGAAAAAAGGAGAUCAUAGGAAAUGUGAUACAAAUGGAAAACUCAAAAAUAUAGAGAAAAGGAAAAAAUUAUAAGACUUUGUAUUGUUGACAACAAUGUUAAAUAGAUGAGAUUUAAUGUUGAUUA